UGUUUUCAUUGAGAUACACAUACAUAGGAGCACGUGCUCAUGCACACGCACACAUACACAUACACAAUCUUAUUUAAUGCUCAUAAAGACUUUGCAUAAUAGAUACUAUAAUUUCCUCCUCUUUACAGAUAAAGAAACAGAAGCUGAGAGGUUAAGUGACUUGUCCAGGAUCACAUAGCUUGUAAGUCCUUGAGGCAGGAUUAGAAAACUCAGCUUCAGUGUUCUAUCCACUAUGCCAUUUACCUGACUUGACUAUCCAGCCAGAAUUGGGACUGUUUUGAGAAAGUUGAUUCCUUGAGGACCCCAACUCAAAUGCUAAUCAGUAUUAGUCAGUUCAUUAUGAUUCCAUAGGAGUGGUGAUGAUAAGUUCUGUAUAUUUGGCCCCAGAAUGAUGAGCUACAGAUUGUAAAUUCACUUACUUAACAUAGGAAGUUAACCAAAGGUCUCCUCCCUUGUUUUUCCUUGUUAUGGUGAUCGAGCCCACUGUGGUGGAAGUGACUGAACUACAAGGGAAGUUCCCCAAACUUAUUUCUGUACCUCCAGACCAUUCUCUCUUGUUCAACGUGAGUAGGUAUCCAUCUUUUGACCACCUGGCCAGUGGAGAUAUUCCUUGUUUUACCCAACCUGUGACCCUGCUGAUAUAUCAUAUGCUUAUUUUAGCCUAUGCAUCAUACGUCAACCAAUGGAAUUAUUCUGUAUUUGGUAUACCUGUUCUUGAACGUUUAGAUAUCUAAUCCUAUAAAAAUAGGACCCUGAAAGGAGGGGGUAUCUCAGACUAUGAGGAAGAUCUGAGGGCCAUUUCAUUAGAAGGGACCAUAGACCCUUUAAUAAAGUGCCAUUGGCCCAGAGCUUUGCCUCGGUUUUUCUUAUUGUUAGAUAAGAUGGUUAGAUCAUUUUUUAUUACCACAUUACAUCCUGCUACGGGAAGGUGACAAACCCCAACCUCUUUUGGCUGGCUCCUGCAAGGGACCCAAAAAAAGGAAGUGCACACGGGGUCAAAUUUUCGAUGAUGGCUGCCCCACAGACACAAGCCCUUGGAAGUUGGACUCCCCUCACUGUCUGCACGGAAAUUCUAUGAGUCUGAAGUAAAUCUCUUCAACAUUGGAGCUUUGUCUUUCUAUCCCAAGCACCAAGUACAGCGCCUAGCACAUAAAAUAUAAAACAUGCUCCAGGAGAGGUGCAGAGGGUAAAUACUGCAGGAUAUAGUCUCUGGUCUGGACAGCAAAAUGUCUGUCUUCUGAGAGGAAGGAAACAAAUAGUUGUGAAGCUCCUGCUAUGUGCCAAUAGGCCCUCAUUGACGCAAUCCUCGGAGGAAUAUUUCCUUCCUGAGCCUGGCUAUAAUACCCUGUGAAUAACGAGGACUUCUGUUGCAUGACUGGCUGUUCCAAAAGAUAUCUGUGACUUUUACCUGAAAUCAAACAGAGCAAAUUUCUCUGACCACACAAGAAAAUUGCAAAUGUUCUAUAAUAGAUCUUAUUGUUACAAUCAUCAAGCAUCUCUGAACUGCUAUAAUGGAAUUGAUUGUUAAAUGAUCAGAUGAACAGACUUCACUAAGUGGGAAAGUGGAAUAACUUUUCUUAUAUUAUCUCACCCAAGACUUCAAUUCCAGGGGAUCAUUUUGCCCAGGAAAAAAUGGUUUACCAGAAGAUUAAGAUAAUACGUGUUUUCAUUAUUAUUCUUGUGGUUUCUUGUUUGUGUUUGAUCACAUAUAACAUGAGCUUAACAGAAAUCUGCACCUUUUGGACAAGAAAAGAAGGCACAGUAGUUUUCAAGAAAAAUAGUGGGAACUUUCUUCAGCUCCCAGAUAUGGACUGCAAAAAGAAUCCUCCAUUUUUGGUUGUGAUGGUGACUUCAUCCCACAAUCAGAUUAAAGCACGGAUGGCUAUCCGUGAGACCUGGGGAAAAGAAAGAAGUGUAAAAGGUAAACGUAUAGUAACAUACUUUCUGCUAGGAAUCACAAAUUCAAAGGACGAUGAUGUGGUGACACAAGAAAGCCAGAAAUACAGAGAUAUUAUCCAGAAAGACUUUUUGGAUGGAUAUUUCAAUUUGACUCUUAAAACAAUGAUGGGGAUAGAAUGGGUUCACCAUUUUUGUCCUCAAUCUGACUUUGUGAUGAAGACUGAUUCUGACGUGUUUGUAAAUGUGUACUAUCUAACUGAGCUCCUUAUAAGGAAAAACAGAACAACCAGGUUUUUUACUGGUUUUUUAAAGAUGAAUGAAUUUCCAAUUAGAAAUAUAUUUAGCAAGUGGUAUGUAAGUAAAUAUGAGUACCCAUGGAAAAAAUAUCCACCUUUUUGUUCUGGAACGGGUUAUGUUUUUUCUAGUGACAUUGCAAGUGAGGUUUAUAAUGUUUCAGAAGAAGUCCCUUUUAUUAAACUGGAGGAUGUUUUUGUGGGACUCUGCCUUGCAGAACUAAAAAUUGAACUACAAGAACUACACUCAGAACAGACAUUUUUCCCAAAUAGGCUUAAAUUUUCUAGCUGUCGCUUUAAGAAAAUUGUGACCUGUCAUUUUGUCAAGCCAGUAGAACUGCUGACAUAUUGGAAAGCUUUGGAGAGGUCCUUAGAUGAAAAGUGUCCAGCUGUUUAAAAUGAUAAUAAUGACAUACCAGGACAAAUGUUAGCCAUUUUGCAGUGACAUUUUGGCAGGAAAAGCAUGUUUUUGAAUGGAGAGUCACAACCAAUCCACAUUAGGGAGGGAGAGGAGGACAGAGCCAUGUUCCUCAGUGUUCUGAACACAAGACUAAAAUUUUAAAACCCAAAUUGUAAUCCUGAAAUGAUUUAUUCUUUCUAAUUUUGAGCCCCCUCAAAAUGAAAACAACCAAGUAACAGUUUAUCGGCACCUAUAAUUAUUCUCCUUACCUCCAACCUAUCCUAGCAUCCCUUGAUGUUUAUGCUAUAUUGGAUUAACAAAGGCAUCAUCAAUAGAGAUGUCUCCAAGUCCCUGGCUUCAUUAAGAACUAGCUAGAUAAACAGGGAGGCCUAAUGUUCUCUGCUUAGUAUUCAGUGCUUCAUUGAGAUGAAUCAUUAUAUCUCAAUUCAGCACUAGACAACAUCCAGGUCUAAAUUAGGCCAGCACUUAUUUAGACUUUAUGUUCAAAGCCCCAAAUGAUAAAAAAACUGAGUAUGUAGAACAUUCUGUUGUACUACCGAUUCUCAUUAGAGCUUGAGUUUAUCCCUGAGCCAUUCUACCAUUGAAAUUCAAUUCUAUAUGUCAUUGAUUGUUCAUUUAGCACCGAAGAACCACUGUUGGGAGCACAAUGGCUCAGGUACUCAUCCCUCCCUAUAUCUAGCUAGGUGAACCCAUUUAGUGGUGGAGCCUUCCUAUAAGUAAGAGGGUCAGAAUCCCCAUUAUCACACUCAUUUGCUUGCUAAAAGCCUCCACCCCGUUGUCUGGGUGAUUAUACUAAUUUUAGUUAUGUUGACUUGUGAAUUUUAGUGAAAGUCUUGAUUUCUGUUUGUGUCUUUUCAUUCAGGUAUGGAGCAGAUAGUUUUUUUUUUCCUACACAGUAAGAGGGGUACUAAGCAUAAAAGUAAAUUAAUGCAUGCAUUAACAGAAUGAUUAGACAGAAUUUACUAACUUAACUAAGAAGUAUUGGUAUAUUUAUCUGGGAGGCUAAUAUUAUGACAUACCAGAAUAUAAAACAAUUGUGCAAUUAUGGUAAUUUCACCUCAGCACUUCCCCUUCCAUGAGCUACUGUUGCCCUGGGGACACUGAAGCUCCUUUUGCUUCUCAAGACCUUUGGAUCUUUUGACACUUACAGAGUUCCAGUCCUGGACAUAGUCAUCAUGGGAUAGUCCUUCAUCUAAGAUAAGGAAGAAAUAAAAACAAAAGAAUACGUUGUGCUUGUGACUGCAAGGAGUCUGGGUGGAGAUAGGACGCCUGGCUCUUAGGAUGCAGCUCUAGGUACUCUUCGCACUUCAUAGCUGGAAAGAAAGAGGAAAUUAAAGGUCUUAGUAGCUUGCUUUUUUAUAUCCCAAGUCAUCAGUUCUCCUGGCUCAGCAGCCAAUUGAGGAGAUUAUAAUCAUAUAGUGCAAACUGCAUGUAUGCCCCACUUAACUUUUUGUGUGGUGAGUUGGAACCAGGCAGAGAACACCUGCUGUGCAUGCUCCAAUGAAUGGCUGCUUUGGGCCAAUUUACCCAUGUUAUAUUUAGGUAGAAUGAGAUGAGCUACAGUAUUUCUAAAAUUUUCACACUUAAAGGAACUUAGGGUUUAAAUGUUAGGGUAUAAGCAUAUUCAUUGCAAGGCUCUUAAUGAAUGAAUUAAGUUUUUGCUAAGUUAAUAUUCCUUUAUUAAACAUGUACUAUGUGCCAACCAUUUAAGAAUUUCAGAGACUCAACCUUUUGGGCUGUUCUAGUCAGCUGGAUAAGAAACUCCUGAACUUUGAGUUUUUGAGUUUUCUCUGUCAUUUUUUUUUCUGAAUAGAUGUCUGAAUGUACUUUUUUCUCAGGGAUAUGGUGAAAAUGAGGUAACUUUUUGCAAAGAGCUACAAGCUUUUGGAAACAUGCCUUACAUAAUACAAAUUAGUAGUUUGUUACUAUUGUUUAUUAAUAUCACACCAGACUUUAAUGGGUGAUUAUUAUAAAGCAUCUCAAAAGUGUAGAGUACUAAAUAGUAAUGUUCUUAUGAAUAUGUUUGAAAUGAAAUGAAAUGAAAAUCUUUUUCCUGAACCUGAGAUCCUCAUAUAUUUGGUGCAAAAUGUUCAUGACAGUUCAGAUGAAAGUUUCAACACUUCCAUUCUAUAAAACUAAUAUAUUAUUUUGAAUAGAUUUUUAAAACCUUCUUUCCUUGUUUUGAAGCUGCAAUGUACAUUUCAUUCAAUUAAAUAAAUAUUUAUUGUGUCUA